AUGAAAUACACUUAACAUCAAAGUGCAAACUGUUUUUUACCGUAUUUAUCAAUUUUCGAUUAAUUAUUUCACAGUAAUAUCAUUCCAUUAGUUGUAUAAUGUUAUUAUUCAAGACUAUUUUUUUCUAACAAUUCGAAAAUGUGAAUUUAAAGUUUUUCUUCGUGACGUAUGAGAAUGAAAGAAACAUGAUAGAAAUUUUGCAAAUGUUUUUAUUUUUAUUUAAAUCCAAAUAUCGACGAAAAUAUUACGCCAGAAGGGCUAUACUAUGUUGUUUGGUGAUUGUUGGUGUUUUGUCUUUAGUUUCUAAUGUAUAUGCGAAGUGUAGCAAUCCUAGCUGUAGUGGCAAUGGUAUUUGCACAAACAACACUUGUGUCUGCAGCGAUGGGUGGCAGGGACCCGAGUGCCAGUUUUGCGGAGGAAAAGUCAGACUUAGUGGACCGACAGGUACAAUACACGACGGUUUAGGCAAUUACUCCCUCACCAGUAAAUGUAGCUGGCUGAUAGAUGCCCCCAACUCGACCAUCACUCUUCACAUUGAAGAAUUCGCCACCGAAUGCGGCUGGGACCACCUCUACGUGUACGAUGGCGACAGCGUAAAUUCACCUCUGCUAGCAGUAUUUAGCGGGCUCAUGUACAAAGAGUCCUAUAGUAUUAGAAGGAUACCGGAGGUGGUAGCAGAAUCGGGGGCUGCGUUGAUACACUUCUUUAGCGACGAUGCCUACAACAUGUCUGGGUUUAAUGUCACGUACAGGCUGAAUUCUUGUCCGUCUACAGUGUCUGGAUACAACUGUUCGGACCAUGGUAUCUGCAUAGACGGAGAAUGCACUUGUGACGGCCAUUGGGACGGGGCCGCGUGUCAUCUCGAAAAAUGCCCCAACAAUUGUGGAGCUUCCGAAGAUAGGGGCAUCUGUGAACCGGAAAAGGGAUGUGCCUGCAUCGGCAACUACAAGGGAGACGAUUGCAGCCAGCUGGCCAGCGAAGGCUAUUGGGAAACCGUCACAGUCCAGACAUUCACUCCCAAUGGGUCUGCUUCUCACGGUGCUGCCGUUUGGAGGGAUUCUAUGUAUAUAAUUGCUGGAGAAAGCUACAACAGGGGAAGUUUGCUGUCUGUGUACGACUUUAAUGGUAACGUUUGGGAAACCUUACAUAUAGCAGAGAGCCCGUCCCUUAGGUAUGGCCACUCAACCGUCCUUUACGGGGAUAAAAUUUUUCUUUAUGGCGGAGUAGAGGGCAACAGAGGUCCCACAUCCGAACUAUGGGCUUUCGAUAUUAGUGCCAAAACCUGGGAGAAUAUAACAGUUAAGGCUGAUUCGUGUAAUGACAGUUAUAUAAUGUGCGGUCCUCUUAAAUCCGCUGGUCAUACGGCCACUGUAGUGAUAAACAACUAUAACAAAAAAGUAGAUAGAAUGAUAGUGAUAUUCGGUCAUUCUCCACGUUUAGGGUACCUCAAUACUGUCCAAGAGUACUACUUCGGUACUAGAGAAUGGCAUAUAGUGAACACCCAGGGCUACCCAGUGAAAGGAGGUUAUGGACACACAGCUAGUUGGGAUCCUUUGACGGCAAAGAUCUACGUAUAUGGCGGUGUUGUCUCAGAAAGCGAGUCUUCUCAAUAUUUAAGCAAGAGUCUCUAUUCCUACGAGCCCAACCAGAGGAUAUGGACUCUUCUUGCAGACGCUCCAUCUGCGAGAUUUCUCCAUACAGCCACGUUUGUUUCCGAUAGUUUAAUGUUAGUUUUUGCUGGAAAUACUCAUAACGAUACAUCACACAGCUUUGGUGCCAAAUGUUACAGUAGCGAAUUGCUAGCUUAUGACGUAUUGUGCGACACUUGGCACACCAUGAAAGUACCAAAUGAUUUACGUACCGAUUUAGCAAGAUUCGGACACUCCGCGGUAGUCUUCGAAGGAUCUUUGUACAUUUAUGGAGGAUUUGAUGGUCGAAUGUUAUCAGAUAUGUUGAGGUACACUCCUGGGGAUUGCAGAUACAUCAACGAAACCUCGUGUCUAAAGAGCAAAUCCGGGUUAAAGUGCGUUUGGGAUUCAAAAUCCGGUUCUUGCGCUCCGGUUCGACAGGUGCCCAAAGAUUUGGUGCUCAAAAAAGAAGAGAGCCACAUAAUCAAAUGCCCGAAACUCAACAGAUCUGCUGGUACUUCGAUAACGAUCAGGAAAGAAAGAAAAUGCGAGGAGAUGAACGACUGUUUGAGUUGCGUCCAUACUACCAGUGAUUGCGUGUGGUGUGGUUCUGCGUGCAUCCCGUCAAGUAAGAAGUGCACCAAGGGAAGUACCAACGGGAGUACGAACUCUUCAGAGUUACAACCGAUUGUCAAAUCAGCCAUGUGCCCUUCACCUGAUCCAGCUCCGAUUUGCAAGCAGCUACACACUUGCAAAGCUUGCACGUAUCAGCCUUCGUGCAUCUGGCGUUUUGAACAUGCAAAAUGCGUCCCGCAUGCUUACUCCAACAGCACUAGUUCCGCCGAAGCAACUGAGCAGAACCAAUGUCAGAACGUCUGUUCGGAAUACAACGCUUGCUACAACUGUACCCAAGAAGAGUGUAUUUGGUGUCAGAACGAAGGGAGAUGUGUCGAUAAGAACGCUUACACGUCAAGUUUCCCGUACGGACAAUGCCGGGAAUGGACGACCGUCCACACGAAGUGUAGAUCGAGAGGAAGUGACGAGAACUCGCAAUGCGAGUUUUAUAAGACUUGUUCGAAAUGUCAGGACGACCCGGCUUGUGGUUGGUGCGACGACGGAUCCAGGACGGGACUCGGGACGUGUAUGCCUGGGGGAUAUACCGGUCCAACUCUGCACACUCAAUCUCUACCAUCUUCCACCUGUCCUCCGGAGCGCUGGCACUUCACCCACUGUCCGCAAUGCCAGUGCAACGGCCACGCCAGCUGCAAAGAGAACACCAGUAGCUGCCUCAACUGCAGCAAUCUAACCACCGGCAAGCAUUGCGAGUACUGCAUCAAAGGCUACUGGGGCAACCCGGUGAACGGGGGAAAAUGCUCGCCUUGCCAGUGCAACAAGCAAGCCGACGAUUGCCACAGAGAGACGGGGAAGUGCUACUGUACGACCAAAGGGAUCAUCGGGGAUCAGUGCGAGAAGUGCGACAUCGGGAACCAUUAUCAUCCGGACCCGAACAACAAAUCUUGCUACUAUGACUUAACCAUCGACUACCAAUUCACUUUCAACCUAUCCAAGAAAGAAGACAGACACUACACGGAAAUAAACUUCAGGAACUCUCCGGCCAAACCGGACAUAGACGCCGAUUUUCUGAUAACCUGUUCGGUGAUGGCCAAAAUGAACAUAACAGUGAGAACAGAGAACUCGGAAGAAAAAGCCAUCUUCGAGAACCACAAUUGCACGACGUUUAGGUCGAAGUUUUCGAAGUCCCUGUACAAAUUCGGAGUGGAAAACGGCGCCAACGUCACGACGUUUUAUGUCUAUGUUUACGACUUCCAGACGCCGCUAUGGAUACAGAUUUCGUUUAGUCAGUACCCGAAGUUGAACUUGCAACAAUUUUUCAUCACAUUUUCUUCAUGUUUCCUUCUGCUGCUUUUGGUGGCGGCCAUCCUAUGGAAGAUAAAGCAACGGUACGACAUGUACCGCCGUCGACAGCGGCUCUUCGUCGAGAUGGAGCAGAUGGCGUCGCGUCCCUUCUCCCAAGUUCUCGUAGAGCUAGAAUUGAAAGAGACCGUAGACUUUAAGAACAAUGGCGUAGUGGGCGACGCCAAACGCAAGAAGAGGGACGCACCCAGUCCGAUUGCUCUGGAACCGUGCUACGGAAAUAGAGCCGCGGUGCUUAGCCUGUUGGUGAGGUUACCCACUGGGGGAGAACCUCACACCGUCAAGGGCCAGUCGGCAGGUCUCGCCAUCGCUAGCGCGCUCGUCACUCUAGGAAACCCGCGUAAAAUCAGUAUAGACCAAAUCAAGACGGAUACGAAAGGGGGCAAGAUCAGGAAGUCCCAGAGCCAGCAUCCGGACAGCUGUCUUUGAAUUAUCGGGAAGUUGGUAUUUUGUAGGAUAACGUUAUAUCUUUUUGUGACUGUUCUUUUAUUUGGGAAAGAUACAAAAUUGUUACAGGGUACGAAACGGUGUUUGUGAAAAUUUUGGAAGCUGUCGUGAAAGGGAGAUAGCAAUAUGAAAGUAUAGAACAGUCUUUCAGUAUAUUUGUCCGGGACUGCAGGCUGUGAUCUGGAGUUAUUUUUUGACGUAACUCAUACAAAAUGUCUAAGUAACAUAAAAUUUUUUUUCUCAUAUAAUAAAUCAAUUUUGCUUGGAUUUUAAAAAGUUACAUACCGUUAUAAUGCCUGAAUAGUUAGUAAUGAAUUCAUCUUAAUGUAAGAGUAAUAUGAUUUCUCUAUGAUUAAAUAAUCAACCAAAAGUUAAUAAGUGCAUUAAUUUAAUGGAAAUUUUCUUUUAACAUAAAAAUCUAACACCAAAUGUGUUUAAUAAUCUGCAUUUUCUCCACCAGCAUUAAUAAUUACAGCUUGACAAUCUCUUAGUAUGCUUAAAAUUAAAUUAUCAAUUUCGUUUUGAGGCGAUUAUAUAGUAUGAACAUUGUGCAGAUAACCGUCCCUGAAGUAUAUCCCGUACAUGCUCGGUGGGAUUAAGAUCUGGCGAUUGUGUUGGCCAUGGUAAAAGUGUAAUAUCCUCAUUACGAAGCCAGUCUCUUACUGUUGCAGCAGUAAGUCGCAUUGCAUCAUCCUGCAUGAAACGCAAAUCAGGACCUGUGGUAGUGGCAAAUGGAAGGACAAGUUCUAAGAUACGAUCAAUGUAUUGACAUUGAUCCAAACUGCCUUCCACAAAAACGGGAACAUUUGGAUGAUGAAAAAUUAUUCCAGCCCACAUCAUAACUUGUAGAUUGUAGACCACUGUAUAGACGAACGCCCUAUACAUUCCUGAUUCCUGAGCAUCUCUUGUUGACCAGGUUCUCUCCAAACUCUCACUCUUCUUGUAUCAGGGUAGAUAUAAAACUAACUUUAUCAGUAAAUAACACAGAACUCCAUUCUUGUAAGCCCCAAUGGACAUGUUGUGCUCUGAGUCAACGAUUUCCAUGACGUAACGUAGGUACCCUCAGUGGACAUCUGGCGAGCAAACCAGUUUCAUAUAUGUAAUCUAUUCCUCAUAGUUUGGUCAUUUACACUAAUGUUCUGAGUAUUUUCUAAGGCCCCACAGAGUUGACUAGCAGUUAUAUGCAUACUUCGACAAGCUAAUCCUGCCAUAGCAAUCCUGUCUACGAGCAGUUGUCUUUUUGGCGACCCCAUGUCUUUCAGCUACAUUACCAAAACUACCAAAAUGACAUGCAACAUUAGCUUGUGAAAGACCAGCCUCAAUCAUAAUCACAUCACAUGUCUCAAAUGCCGAUGCUCCAUGACUGUUGUUGCGUUUAAUAGUCUUGUUUUAAUAAAAUGAAGAAUUAAAGACAAUGGAGAAGGGCACAAGGAAGGUCUCAAUGAAAGUGUGCGAAGAUGUAGGUGUUGUUGUCCUUACACUUCGUCCUGGUGCCUUUGUUUCGCGCACCAGUCAUAGGUCGCUGGUUUUUCCCUUUGGGAAACUGAAUUUUCUUUUCUUAGGGAAAUGGUUUCACUUUUUCUAUACUUAUGCCAAGGACCACCCAAAGCUUUGGGACAAAUGAAAUAUGCGAAAAGAACGUUUUCACCAAGUCUAUUUACUAAAAACAAUUGCAAUAACGAAAUUUGGGACGCCGAUAGCUUGCUUGCGAUAGCUCAAUAAACGCACUAUGAGCACGAAAACAUAAAAAGAAUUGGCACUAGUUACUCAACACGUAUUAAAGAGUUCGGUUUGCUUGGAACCGAGAGCGUUGAGCUCCAACUGUUCGACUGUCCCGUCUGGCUCUUCCAACUGUACUCCUUCCGAACACAGGAACACCCCCCAACCCCCUUUCAUCGCAACCGUCUUCCUUGGCCUUCAGAUUUUCCUUUUUUGGUUAAAGUUUAUGUCAGCCGUCUUUCUCGUGAAUUGGGUUGUUUGGGAAUUUUCGAUAACAAAAACAGAGAUAAGAAUUUCUAAAUUUGUACUGUCAUUGUUAUAAUUCUUAAGAACGCAUUAGGAUUAUAUUUAGAAAGUUAGUUUGCAAGCAAGUAUCGGCAUCCGUACAGAUAAUUGAAUUUUAGGAAAAAAAUUUAUAAGUAUCUUAAAACUAAUAUACCGCGUGAGCGAAAUUAAACUAAUAUUAAACAUUGUUGUUUAGCAACAGAAAGGUCAUAGCCAGACUAGCACAAUUAAAGUAAAUGCAGUCUAUCUUUCAAAUUUGAGGUACUCUUCUUUAUAAUUUGAGGCAAUUAAUUGUACCAAUUUGAGACGGUGUUCCUUUGCCUUAAUAAAACAGUAAAACUGACAGAUUAAUUUUCAUAGUAUACCUUGACUUAUAAAAAACAAGUUUUUAAAUUGAAUGGUAUGCAUUAACAAAAAAAGUGUUUUUAUUGAAAAAAGUGGAAUAAUAGUGGGGUUCCUUAGACAUUUUUAAUGUUUGUAGUUUCUUGCAGAUAAGAAAUAAUUCCAGAUCACGCCUAUAAGCCAGGAAACCAAUGUAUAACCGUACUGAAUUUAACUUUGGUUUGGUUUUUAGUAAAUGCUGCCGAUUAAAGGUACGUUUUUACUGGAGUGUCUGUUGCGAUCAUCUAUGAUCGCUAAGCGAUUUUACUGAAGCGAUGAUUAGUGAGUAUAUAGUGAAAAAUUGGUUUUGUUGCAGCGAUGAGCGUAUGUAAAAGAAAAAGAUUCUUGUUAAAAUACCUGUUAGCAGAAGGAAUAAAGGACGAAGAAAUGUUAAGUGCUCCAAGAUUAGAAAAACAUGCGAUAUUUAAAAGAAGACAAGACAAGAAGUAGGAUACUCCAAAAUUUUAAUUUAAUAAACAACCAUUGAUCAGAUUAUUUUAAGUUUCAACAGUUCUUUCUGAUUGAAUGAACUUCAGUUCGAUUUUCUGUUAAGUUAUAGUCGCUGCUAUAGUCGCUCAGCGUCUGCGACUGUGUCUGCUCUCGGACCAGUACACUGCGAUCAUCGCUCAGCGACGAUCGCUCAAUGAUGAUCGCAACAGACGCUCCAGGAAAAACGUACCUUAAACAGAAAUGCUGCUGGUGUAUGGAUUCAAGUAAUAUUUAAUUUUAGGCGACAUUGAGAACGCUUUUCAUGAAGCAAUUUUUUUAAUUGUUAAUAUAUCUGUGAUUUUUAUGAUAGCCGAUAGUGGUAAGUUUAAUUUUUAUUUUUCAAGUCAUAUUUAUAAUGUAAUAAUAAAAGAAGAAGGAUCAAGAAACGCAGAAGUCACUUUCAUUUUCGCUAUCUCUCUCGAACAGUCUGGUGGGAGACUUUUUCAUAAUGUUAGUUAUUGUAAAGUGAUACUUUUUGAUCAAAAAUUCGAUUUCUGAAUAGGAAGGUAAGGAAGAAAGUUUAAGAUCACAGAAUAGAUAAGAACGGUUUAAUUUAUUGUUAUGACAUAUGAAAAAAUACAGCUUAAAAAUUAAAUUUCUUCUUCUUAAAGUGCCCUCUCCUCAAUGGUGAAUGACAAUUACAAUUUGCAAACUCUUCUCUAUCUUCAGCUGCUCUUAUAUUAGCUGUUCAAAAUUUAGCUCUGUCCAUUAUUGGAUGUUCCUUAGCCACGAUAAUCUUUUCCUUCGUAUUGUUCCCUAUCCAUCGAUCUUUUCUUUCACUAUUAGUUGAGCUCAUUGGUACUUAUUAUUUCUCAGUAUGUGCAGUAUGAAAUUUUGAGGAUUAUCCGGUAACCCAUAUUUCAAAUGCCUCCAAUUUAUUUAUGGUUGACGUUUUAAGAGGUUUCAACUGCAUAGAGAAGAGUUGACCAGACGUAGUUUUUUCAGAUUGACAUCACUUUGGUUUGCUUAAUGUUUAUUUUUAUACCAAAUUACUCACAGACCGAGUUGGCCCUGUCAAUGAGUUAUUAUAGACAAAAGUCAGCAUCAGCAAUCAACACUGUAUCAUCAACGUAUAUCUGAUGCUGUUGAUAUUUACGCCAUUCACCUUGACUCUAUCCUUAGAUUCCUCCAAUACCUAAUUAAAUAGAAACUUGGAAUACAGAAUAAAUUGCAGGGAUGACAAAACAUUUUUUGUCCAUUUGUCAAACUCCCGUCUAAAUCUCUACUUUUGCGGACGUGGAACCUACCUGGCGUUUUGGUUCCAGUACAAGUUUUUUUAUUAGUUUGAUGUCUUUCUCAUCUAAACUGACUUCUUGCAAAAGUUCUAAUAGUAGAUCGUGUUUUACUCUAUCAAAUGCUUUUUCGAAGUCUAUGAAGUAUGUAAAUAUAUCUUUCUGUUGCUGAGAGCAUUUUUGAGUCAGAACUAGUAAGUUGAAGAGGGCUUCUCUCGUUUCCAUGCCGACUCUUGAUCGUCUCAGAUGAUUGUUUCGCACUUUCUAUAGAUUAUUUUAUACCGGGUGGUGAAUUGGAAAACGGGCCAUAGGAAACUCAAUGUAAAAUUCUAAAUUGUUGAAUUCGUGCUUCCCUAAUUAUUUUACAUCAAAAGUCAUGAGAAAGUAUUUGUAGAGGAUUAAAAUCUGUAUUAAAAACAAAAGUUAAAAUUGUUCUACGAUUUAAACCGAGUCCAAAAUUUUGAAAAAUAGAAUACAUUUGCCAUACCUAAGUAAGUGCGUAAAAGUAAGGCCACUAUUUCUGACAGUACGCAAACUAUUGACUGAAUAAAACAUCUUUAUUAUUACUACUUUCUCCUCAACUGAGGACAUCUUUUCGACUUUAUUGUUUUUUAAACAAUAAAAACCAUAAAAUAAAAAUACUGACACUUCAAAAUAUUGUUAAUAUAAUAAUUUCAUUGUGACCGAAGGCAACCUAAUACACAUUCUUGCACUGUGUCUGGCAUAAAUUUGGCAAAUACUUUAAUAAAAUUUAUUAUAUUUUACAAAAUUUUGGAAUGUGUUUAAUUCGUAGAACAAUUUUAACAAUUCUUUUCAAUAAAGAUUUCAAUCCUCUACAAAUAGUUUCUCAUGUCUUUUGAUGUAGAAUAAUUAGGGAAGCAGGAAUUCAACAGUUUAGAAUUUUACAUUGAGUUUCCUAUGGCCCGUUUUUCAAUUCACCACCCUGUAUACGACUUUUAAUAGGACUUUUACUACGUGACUCAUAAGGCUUAUCAGACAGAACUCGUUGCAGUGUUGUGGGUUUGGUUGUGGGUUUGGUUGUUUCGGUAUUGGGAUGAAUAUUUAUUUUAGCCAGUGUUGGAGUAUUUUUCCUUUAUCUUAAUUGCGGUUGAAUAAAAGGACAAAUAUUUUGAUGCUUUCUUCACUGAUUAAUUUUAACGUUUCUUUGUAUAUUCCAUCUGGACCUGAGCUCUUAUUUGUUUUGAGUUGAUUAAUGGCAUUUAUAAUUGCAAUUUUCAGAAUUUCUAGUCCUUCAUUGUUGUUCUUCAAUCUUCUUGGUUCUUUGAGUAUGCCGUUAAAAAUGAAACUGUGACGAAAAUCGGCGUUCUUAUACCUCUGUUAGGUAGACAGUAGAAAAAUUCCUCCUAAUCCAGGCUAAGACGUAGAUUCAUCUGAAAAUUUUAAACUACUACGUUAGCCUCUACUUAAAUGAAAAUCUACACUUUGGUCCCAUUUUGUUCCAGUGUUAUAGAAAUAUGUGGUUAUAGCUCUAAGACAGCAAGAUAAAACGGCUCUAUAGACCCAUAACGCUUUUCUAGGUUUCUGGAAGCAUGAUAAUGUCAUGGUAUAUACAAAAUAAUUAUUUCUUCCAAAGUUAUGCUAAUAAAAUGACGAAUAUUUCUUGAUCUUAAAGUUUCUUCCUCGCCAUUUUAACCACAAUCUCUUAUUACCAAUCGUAAGUGUAACAUACUGGAAUUAGAAUAUUUUUUAUGUAAUAAACUAAACUAUUUAGCUAAAAAAACUUGUCCUAAUAGUUAGCAUUCAAAUGUGAUAACAAGAGUUUUUUGUAAUAGAUCGUUUAAUUCAAGAGCUUUUAAAAUAUUAUCUUAAACUAAAAUAUUACGUAAACUAGUAGACGUGCUGCAUGUGAUUUUUUACAGUAGCUUAUUACAUUCUAACGGUUCUGUGGUUUUUAGAUCGAAUUUUUAUGAGACUACUUUUGGGAUUAUUUCGUGAAAAGUCUUAACAAGUUGGUGGCUGGUAGUUAUCAGCACAGUAUUAAGUUUUUCGUGAGUAUAAAAGAAACUUGCACCUACCAUUAUCUGGAUUUAUCAUGUAAAUUUUGUACAAACUUAGUCUAAUCUUCAUAAAACUUUCUUGGCGGCCACAUUUUUUACAAUUAUUAUUUAGAUAUACUUACUUACCUUUCGUGUAGGUACUUACUUUCCGUGUCCAGAACACCAACAACUUUAAAUUCUGUACUUCCAAUGGUUAACCCCAUGCUAAAAUUUGCUAAAGAUUUUGCAGAUUUGCUAAAAUUAGGUCUUCUGUGCUGGUCUGUCUCGUCUUUGUGCAUGCUAGUAGAUGGUAACUAUUCUGAACCGCGCCAUAGUCGCAGGUAUCGUUCUCCUGGUAUCCCCAUUUUUUCAAGUUUCUAACACAACGUGACAGCUUUCUUAGCCUGUUUAGCGCUUUCUAUGUGGGAUACGGUAAAUUGUGUCCAGCAGCCAUUUCCCCUGAGAGUGCGAAAUGUGUUGUGGUAGCUGACGCUUGCCAUAGAUGUAAUCUACGUGUCUCCUGCUUCCUUUGUCUACCUCUGACGUGACCUGUCUCCUGAUAUGUGGUGGAGCGAUUCCAACUAUGUGGUAGAUCGUUUCUAUAGGUGUCCAUUUCAGGCAACCCGAUAUUAUAUGAACCGUUUCAUUUAGAGCUACGUUGACGUUUUUAGCGUGAGCAGAGUUUACUCACACUGGUGCUCCAAACUCCGUUGCUGAAAAACAAUGCUAAGUCUCCCAGGGCUUCUGUCAGUUUUACAUCGACUUCACUGAAGGUGCUUCCCUGGAUAGAAUCGAGGCGACGACACUUCCCCGUGUAAACCCUUUUUUUAACCCUCCACCCACUGUUUUUGGACUGGAGCGUUACGCAGAAGCAUCUAUUCUGUAGGAGACAUGUCACUAACCUUGUAAGUCGAAAAUCCUUUGUAGUUUCGUAGAGUUUUGCGAGUAGCCGUUGAUGGUCAACUGUGUCAUAGGCGGCAGUUAGGUCUAUGAACGCUACUCCUCUUAUUUCUUUCCGUUCAAAACCAUCUCUUUAAUAUGUUGGGCGAGAUUAAGGAUUAAGGUGCAGGUGAGAUUAAGGAUUAAGGAUUAGGUGCAGCAACGCUUUCCGGGUCUGAACCCUGCUUGUUCUGAAAUAAUUUUAGUCUCCACAGAUUCAGCGGAUGCAGAAAUUCUUCAUUUUGACGAGUCACAGUUACUAGUUCAAUAUGUACUAUGUACAUUAACAUUUUUCUUAACAAAAAACAUUUUUUUUUUCAAUAUAGCUGAAUCUAUUCGCUCAAAUCACUUUUAUCAACAAUAUUCUAAGUUUUAUUGAAGUUAAAUCCUCAAAAUAGCUACUUGAGCAGCGAUUACCUCGUAGUUGAAUGAAAAUCUAUUGCGGUUGUCAUUUUUCGUUAUCAUUGGGAGAGUCCACUGCUGAACAUAGACCUCCCGUAAAUAAUUCCAUUGUAUCGGAUCUUGAGCACAUUGAAGGUAGUUGUACUGAAUUGCGCUUGAUGUCGUUUGACUAUCUUGUUGCAGGACGACUCGAUUACCAUAAGCUUUGUGUCUAGGUCUCCAUUCUAAAAUUUUCUUGGUCCAUCUUGCAUCUCUGACUGGCAACAUGGCCUUCCCAGUUCCAUUUUAGCGUAGUAAGUAUUUUAACUAUAUCCUUAACACCAGUUUUUCUCUUACACUCUGAAAAAUAACUUGACAUUUCAAACAGACACACGUUAUAGAUAUACAAAACACUCUCACCUAAUUAUAUAAGGUUCAAAGGUUCUUUUAAGCAAAUAAAAAUAGAUUUUGUAAAAAUUACACAUUUGCCAACUUGCAAAGACUUCUCUUUUUUGGCAACCUUAAUAAUAAAAGGAUUGAUAUUUGGCAACAAUGGUUUGUUUUGUAGAUUUUAGAUUCGAAUAUACCAUUGUACCUUUAAAUAUUUAUAUACAUGCCGACAAUAUUUUCGAAUUUGUCUACAAAGAUGGUUAUUUUGGUGUAGAUAUAUAGUGAAAGUGAGAGGAAAGCCGUCAAAAAUGAAAUAUGUGAAUAUUCUUUUAAAUAUUUGGAUAUUCUAGUUUAUUUGUUAGAUUGAUGUUAACUAUUUAUUGGAGUAUGAUGUUAAUAUUUUGAAGGAUGUUAUGCUGUGAGAUUUAGAUGAUAUGGAUUUUUUUACAUACGAUGCACUAAAAUCUUCGGUAAAUUCACAAAGGUAUAUCUCUGUAACACUAACAUUCCAUUUUGUGAAGUCUGACAAAAAGUUUGCUUUGAAACAGCAAUAAAUCGAACAAUCAUUGAAAAAAGACGAAAACACGACAAACGCCCAACUAUUUGGAUACUUCUUCAUGUUUUUUUUUCUUUUAUGUAUCUUGGUUGACGUGUAUCAGUAGAUUCAGUGAGAAAAGAGCUUCACGCGUUCCUAGAUCUUUGCGAAUCCCAAAUUGUGUAUCAGUUAUGUCUGUGCCCAGUUUAUGAUAUUGUCCCUACCAUUUCCAACUAUCGAAUGUGAAAAAUCGGGGUUUUCAUAUUCGAUACCUUGUCCUCGCAUUAUACGUGAUACAUCUUGUGGCAAAUUCUCGUUAUUGUAGCUUGAUUAGGAGCGCGGGAAAUAUGCUGUUUAAACCAUCGAAUAUGAACACUUUUCCAUUUGGUUGACUGCAAACUGACGAAAAUGGUUAUAUUCGAUAUAGUCUAAGAGCUAGUGAACCCUCCGACUAACGGUCGUCCUGUAAGGCUAAAAAUUUUUCUAGUGAUGAUUCAUAGCACACCAAGGCUAAAAACCAU